AUGUCGCUAAGCAAGUUUUUCGACUGGAACACUCUUCAAAUUUCCGAUUCAGAAGCAAGCCUCCGUAAUGCAGCCAUGGCAGAAGAAGUAGCACCGAAUAUCCAGCAUCUUUUUCCCUACUCAGAUGAAAGCUUUUUCCUUUCAAAUGCCCUUUUUGAGUACUGCAUUGACCCAAAUGAUGGUUUUAUCUGUCCUUCAGAUAUUCACUCUCCUUUAGAUCCUUUCACUUCAUUCCCUCAUCAUCAAAUCUUCCCAACUCAUGAAGAUUACAAUCCUCUCCCGUGCCCAAAACGCCAAAAGUUCUUCUCCCAGGAACAACCAGAGCUUACCACACCAUCCAAUCAUAUAGAUGGGUUUGCUAAUUGCUACUCUUUUCAAUCAGAAGAGACACAACCACAGUUUUUUUGUAUGGAUGAGGAGAAAGGUAAUAAGGAAAGAGUCAUAUCUCCACAGAGUGUAGCCGCAAGAGAAAGAAGAAGAAAGAUUACAAAUAAGACUCAAGAACUCAGUAAGUUGGUUCCUGGUGGAACAAAAAUGAACACUGCUGAGAUGCUUCAUGCAGCUGCAAAAUACGUUAAGUAUCUUCAAGCCCAAGUUGAAAUGCUUGAACUCAUGAACUCAUUUGAGCAUGAAGAUAAAGCAGCACCUCCUUCUGAGAUUCUACACGCUCUGGUUGUUUCUCCCUUUGUUCAAGAGAAGUUGUAUGCGGUGGAAAAGUGCUUUUUGCCAAAAGAAACUGUCACCACUUUGACAAAUCUUGAAGUUGUUCAAUCCAGACCUACCAUGGUUCAGGAACUUAAACAGCUAAUUGAAACAGAAUCUGAGAAAGAAAAGCAAGAUUAA